GAGUAUAAAAGAGGCGUCGUCUCCUCUGCAGCAUCACUUGCUCCUGCUCUCUCUGCUCCUCCUGUGCACUGUCUGCAGAGCCCAGAACUCCUCCAAGCAGGAUGAAAACCGACCUGGAGCUGGCCCUGGAGUGUGCUGUGAACGUCUACCACCAGUAUGCUGUGCUGAACCGGCCCAUCGACGACUACCUGAGCAAGACCGAGUUCUCCAAGCUGCUGAAGGAGACGGCCAAGCCCUUCCUGAACGACACCAAGCCACCCAACACGAGCACCGACGACUACAUCAACCAGCUCUUCACCAAAGCCGACGGGAACCACGACGGGCGCCUCAAGUUCACCGAGUUCAUGACCACGCUCAGCCUGGUGGCCAUCAAUGCCCAUGACAGGUCCCACAAGGGCCCUGGUGGGGACCAUGACCACGGGCACGACCACGGGCACGACCACGGGCACGACCACGGCCGCCGUCCCCGGAACUGAAGCGUCUCCCGGGGUGUCUGUGCCCACGGGGCUCUGCUUUCCCAGCACCAGCAUCCCUUCCCUGGAACCAAAGCCUUGUCAGCUGCUUCUGCCUGUGGCAUUGAAAUAAAAUCCUUUACUUC